AUGGCAGUCAAUGACACGCCGUCGAAGGCGCCCUCUUUUAUGGGAGUGCCUAUGAAACAUGUGUCUCUCAUCACUCUCACAUUUCAGAACUCCGCCCUGAUACUUAUUAUGCACUAUUCUCGGACAAUGCCUUCCCUUGGCGGCCAUCGCUACUUUACCUCAACAGCCGUUUUCCUCAAUGAAGUUAUAAAACUGGCCGUGUCCUUAACGAUUGCCAUGUACGAUAUAUCACAGACUCUCCCCCCUUCAACGCCUGCAACGGUACUUUUCGAGCAACUAUACAUGUCUGUGUUUUCUGGAGAUGGGUGGAAGUUAGCCAUUCCUGCGAUGCUGUAUACGCUACAGAAUUCCCUCCAAUAUGUGGCGGUCAGCAACCUGGACGCGGUGCAUUUUCAGAUUCUAUACCAGUUGAAGAUCCUCACAACGGCCCUUUUCAGCGUCACCAUGCUUGGCCGACACCUCUCCUCCAAGAAGUGGAUAGCACUGGUUCUCUUGACGGUUGGCGUUGCAAUUGUACAGUUGCCCAGUUCCGACUCUGAUGCAUACUCACCCAUUACGGAUUCCAACUCUCGAUUCUAUUUUCCUCGAUCCUUCCACGAGCUCGGACAGCUGACAAACGGCGCUGGGGAAGUAGCCAGGGAAUUGACCAAGCGUGGAAUGGAUGGCCUCACGAAGCGUUCAGCGACAUAUGAGGGCAUUCAAGAGGAUAUGGGGCUUGUAAAACCUGUCAUGAACUAUUCGAUGGGUCUCACUGCGGUCUUGGUGGCAGCAGUGAUCUCUGGGUUGACUGGUGUCUACUUCGAGAAGGUCCUAAAGCAGUCAACACAACAUGUGACCGUCUGGACUCGGAACAUACAGUUGUCAUUUUACUCGUUAUUUCCAGCCCUGAUCGUUGGAGUUAUCUUCAAGGAUGGAGAGGAGAUUGCCAAGAAGGGCUUUUUUGAUGGAUACAAUGCGGUUGUAUGGACUGCCAUUGUCUUCCAGGCUAUUGGUGGCGUCCUGGUUGCUAUGUGCAUCAACUAUGCUGACAAUUUAUUGAAAAAUUUCGCAACUUCGAUCAGCAUCAUCCUUAGCUUUGUGUUCAGCGUGUUCUUCUUCGACUUUCAAGUCACCCUUAAUUUUAUUCUUGGUACUGCAGUGGUCAUUUUUGCGACAUAUCUGUACAGUGGCUCGGAGAGAAAGAGAGGCCGUCCGCCUCCUAUCAACAUUGCGAGUUACGAGAAGACGACAAUCGACAAUGGCUAUACGCCAAGAUUGGAUGAGAGCAAGAUGCUGACUGUUGAGCCUUUGGAGAGCAUCAAGCAAGCAGGAUUAUCAACAUCACGGCCAUCCUCGCCAAUGAGACACCACUCACGUGUUGGGUCAUCGAGGGGCAAGAUAAAACGAGAUGAUUGA